GGAGAUCAACGUAACAUCUCGGGGUACCGACCGUGUUCUUCAGUUUAAGACUGUGCGGUGACAAUUCAUUCCACUAUUUAGUUCGAUGUUCACACAUUCUACGGAUACCAUGAUCUGCUCAUCAGUGAAAUCAUUGAUUCACUCUGCACGGCUUGUAACCGAUUCUGAUUUUGAGUUGAACAAGAGAUGGGCGAGACAAAUGUGGAGGAACUUAUUGCCGUCUUCAAAAGCUGGUUUGUGCAUACUGUUGCAGCAGUCGGCUUCCUGUACGUCUUUCUGAAGGUUUUCAGGAGAGUUACGCAUAAGUCCGGGAGACGACCUCCUGGACCUCCAUCUUUGCCAUUUAUUGGCCACCUCCAUCACCUUGUAUCUGGGUCAUCUCACCAAACGCUCGCCAAAAUCGCUGAAAAAUAUGGACCCAUAAUGUGGCUCGACCUGGGAGCUGUGGGUGUUGUGGUUGUGUCUUCCUCGGAUAUCGCCAGGGAGAUUCUGAAAACCCAAGAUCACAUAUUUGCUUCCCGCCCUUCAACCCUUGUUGGAGAUUUAGUUUUUGGGAAAGGUCAGGAUCUGAUAUUUAGUCCUUGGAAUGACCACGUUCGUCUAGUCCGGAAAGUGUGUACCACACAAUUACUUUCUCAACAACGAAUCGAUUCAUUUAAGGAUUUGAGACGAGAGUUGCUGGUGAAAACGAUGUCCACAGCAUUCGAGGAGGGUCAUGCGAAUCGUUACAUAAGCUUUGCUGGUAUAAUGCACGAACUGUUUAUGUCCAUUACGACCAGAAUGAUGUUUCGAAGGGGUGCAGGUGCUCAUAAUCAAGACUUUCACAAAACCAUGAUCGAAGUAUCAAGCUCGGAUUUUUUCUUCAUAGAAGAAUUCUUCCCUUUGCUGAAGCCGCUGGAUCUGAGUGGACGAAUUAAAAAGCUGAAACUGGCAGCCGAAAAAUAUUACGAAGUUAUGGAGUCCAUCAUUGACGACCGCCUGAAGGAAAAAACGAACUCGAAGUCAUAUAACGAGGAGGACUUCUUGGACGUGCUGCUGGCUAUGAGCGACUUUACACGUGAUCAACUCAAAUAUCUUCUUCUGGACAUCAUUAUUGGUGGAACUGAUACCAGCUCUAAUACGAUUGUGUGGGCUAUGACUGAGCUUCUGAGGCAUCCCAACAUUAUGGAAAGACUUCAGAGUGAGCUCGACGAUGUGAUCGGUAAAGAGAGGCUGGUUGAAGAAGCUGAUCUCCAGAAACUCGAAUAUCUGCAGGCAGUAGUGAAGGAGACACUACGGUUGCACCCAAUCGGUGUUUUAGCUCCUCACUGUUCUAUGGAAGCAACAAAAGUAGCAGGAUACGAUAUCCCCGCCAAUACCCGAGUGACUUUGAACCUAUAUGCCAUUGGUAGAGAUCCUAAGGUUUGGGAAAAUCCUCUGAAGUUUGAUCCUUCAAGAUUCUUAAACAGCCCUAUAGAUGUGAAAGGGCAGCAUUAUGAGGUUCUGCCCUUCGGUUCUGGGCGAAGGAGGUGUCCGGGCAUGAAUUUGGCGCUCGUCUCUGUGUCCUAUACCCUCGCCCAGCUGGUUCAUGCUUGUUCAAUCUCCCUGCCCGAAGGCUUGACUCAUCUGGACGUAGAUGUUGAAGAGAAGUUCGGAAUCAGCGUAGGGAGGCGGAAUCCCUUGAAUCUACUCAUAACGAGGCGACUGCCUUCGGACGUCUACCGCAAGGCAGGAUUGAAUGUUAUUGGCCAGUAAAUAACGAACGCUCGUUCCUCUGAGUACUUCAAUCUAAGGCUUCAAAGGGGAACUUCAGUGGAAAAUAAUUCCCUUAAAUAUGCCUUUGUUUUGAAGCCAGCAGUUUGAUUUGUGUCUGUAUCUUCUUCCUCCCCUCGGUCUAACCUUGUCAACGGAAUCAGGUACCUCGAGAAUCCUCAGUCCAGUUAUUGUUUGCUGUCCGUAUUAGUUUAUGAUUAUCUUUGAAUGAUCAGAAGAUUAUUUACAUUAUUCGAAAUAUUGAAUAAUCUUAUAUUGCUAGUUCACCAAGAAUUGAAGAUGAUGAAGUGUCACAUAUCAUGACUCCAAGUAAUGUACUCAAGAUUGUUCGAGUUCAUAUUUUGUAAAAUACAAUAUUUUU